AUGGAGGAACAUUCAGAUCUUGAGGCCGAGUUGCAGGUCACAUCACUGGUAACUAUUAAUAAGGCGCUCGACAUUGAAGAUGAUGUGGUUGCGCCUGUUGCGGAGCUGAUAGAUGGCGAAUGUGUCAAUGCUGCAUCAUGCACAACUUCUGGUUUGAUAAAAUCAGAGCACAGCUGUGGCGAUACUGAGAAGUUAGAAGACCCGUUGAAUAUUGUGAUACCAGAACUGAUUACACGCGGUGGAGGUGAGAAUAAAGAUAAUUCAACGUACAACGAGAUUGAGUCAUAUGAGGCCGUAACGCUUGUUAACGAAGACAUCUCAUCGGUUGAUUGGGCUGCAGACGGCAUGAUUGCACAACAAGCAUCAGAAACGCCUGACUUGGGUUUGCAGUUGUCUCCUGAUACAGUUUUGACCUCACCCGCUGCAAUGUCAGAGUUACUUGUCGCUAGUGCAGACACAUGUAGUGAGAGAAGUAGUGAAGUGAUGGAAUUAGAAGCGUAUGAUAAAAGACCCGUGCCAGUCGAGGUAGGAGAUGAUCAACAUAAUGAGGAAGACGGUCAUGCAACUAUCACGGCUGUUGCAGAGGAAGCAGUUAAAGUUACGCCUCUUGACGAAGACAUGGAAGAUGUUCUUGCAAAGAUACGAAACAAACUUGCGUGCGAGUCAAUUCAAGUGCUGGAGUCGGGUGAGAUUUUGGCAUUGCCAAAGGGUUGGACAACUCGCCGAAGUAAAACAAAUGAUGGCAAAAUGUACUUCGUAUCACCGUAUGGUCACACACAGUGGCUGCGCCCACCUAUGAAAACUGGUGUUAUGUACAACUGGGUCCAUGAGAUAGAGGUGACGUUUGGACCAGGUCGACUAGGACUGAAUUUGAAACAAAUCGCUGGUAUACCAGGUACAGAGUUUACCGAUCUUCAAGUUCACAUUGCGGAGAUUUACAAGCUACCAAACGGAAUGGCAAGUCCAGCAGAGAUCUAUAACUGGAGUGUUAAGCCUGAAAAACGUCUUGCAAUUAACAUGCGCGUAAUCGCAAUGAGUGGAAUUUCUCUUACUGGAUAUACGUACUCAGAGGUGCUUGAAUUACUCGCUCGUGUAGUGCGUCCUGUUCGCAUCAAGUUUGCUGAUGUUUCAAAAGGAAUUGUAGGUCGAGUUGAUGAGAAAGCUUUAGACGAGGAGACUGAAGAAGGAAAAGAGGCUCGUGCCGCACGAUUAAAGCAAAGCUCUUUGCGCUCGGAAUACUUUCAAAUCUUGGUGUCGUAUGAGCUAUACAGACAAGUAUGGGCGGCGACAAGGCGACGUAUGCAUUCGACGAUGCUUGAAUUGCUGAGGAAAAACGAGGUGAUGGAGUCACGACUUGGAAUCCAGCAUCAGCAUCACGAAUCUUUGGAAACGGAGCGUGAAUAUCUGGCACAAGAGACAUCAUCGUUAAAGCAAAUGAUUGAACAGCUAGACUUGCAAUUGGCAGGAAAGAUUGACUCGCCAGAGGUGCUACGGACUGCGGAGCUCACACAGCGAAGUGCGAUGCUCGAGAAAGAAGUGACGGAAAUCAUUGCUGAAAAUGAUGCGCUGCAAACAGCUCGAAUUGAAAUUGAGGAGACACUGGACACUUUACAACAGGAGCUGGAUGCAUAUGGAGAUCUGGAUGCGGACUUCAACGGAAAUCACGAGGUAAAAUUUUUCUCGCCUGCUUUUCUAGGCUCCAUGGUGCAUCGAGGUUCGAUCGACACACGUGCCGAAGAUGCUCGAGAGCGGCUUCUUGAUAAGAUUGUUGUUCAACGUAAUCAUCUUGAAGAAGAAAUCAAAUUGGAAGAGGAGCGAGCGAAAUUUGUGGAAUCAGAAAUUAACCUGUUUCAAAACCAAAUGAGUGUGGCAGCAGAAGCGGUAAAGCGCGAAGAUGCCUUUAUCAGCGGCGAGCGUCCCCCUCAAAUGAUUUUUCUUGAAAACAAGAUUGCUAUGCUCAAGAAAAAUUUGCGAGAGACAAUUGCUGGGAUCGCCAAAGCAGCAAAGUGUGGGGAUCAGCAACAAGCCGACAAUUUGUUUAUUCGACGCGCAGACUUAAAGGACGAUCUGAAUACUGCACUUGAUGAAAUGCGGCGUAUGGAAGGCGAAAUGAACGUGUACUACGACAUAGAUAAGGGAAAACAGGUUGAGAUUCAUCAAUCAGCUAUAUCGGUUGAUGAUGUCGACAUUGACGAGGCCCCACACGAACGCGUGUCCGAAACAUCUCGGCUACAAAGCAAGCUAGCAAAGCUUCAAGUACACUUGCACGAUACUGUGAAUUUGCUCGCAAAGGAGAAGGACGAGGCUCGUAAGAGUGACUUAAGCAAGCGUCGGUUGCUUCUAAAAAGUGAAAUGAAGGCAGUCCAAGAUCAGUUUCAGGCUUUAACACAAGGAACACUUAAUGUAGCUGUAAAAAGUAGAGACUCAGACCCAAGGCCAUCUUUUGCUAGUGCGCCAACGAUUCAGGAAGCCCCGCGAAGAUCGACGGUUGGCUCACGAGCGUCGCUCGGUAAUUUUCGGGGUAUAGUCAGUGGAGCAAGAGCCUCUAUGGUUUCAAAUGUUAACAAAGUUCCAGAAAUCUCUGCACGCGAUUCAGAACGGUGUGAUCCCAACUUUGGCCGACGAAGUGGCAGCAGUGCGUCAAUGGCCUCACUGACGCAUUCUUAUGAUUCGAACUCAAAUCAAGGACCUCGGGAUGGCUCAAUACCUACGAUGAGUGGUAUCUUACGAAAGCACGCAACUUAUUCGAAUGAAAAAGGUGCGUUUGGCAACAUGUCAAUUCGUGGUGUUCGCGAACGAUGGUUCAAUAUUGAACCUGAUGGAUAUCUUCGAUACUACAAGCGAGAAGGCGAUCGCGAACCUCGUGGUGCAAUCCCUUUACAACACAAGUCACUCGAGAUUUUGCAUGGUAAAGAAGUCGGCAAAUCGAACGAGUUUAUGUUGUGCUCGCCCACGCACCAAACGCGUAUAGUUGCAAAAAGUCAUGACGAAAUGCUUGUAUGGGUCAAGGUGCUACAACUCGCCCACACAUACUUUAUGCAGCAAGUCUGUGGCUCCAACGAUGGUGGUCAAGACCAUGUAGCGAGCGCAGUGUCACCCGAUGCAGAACUCGCAUACCGAAAUCAGCGUGCAACGCUUGGCUUUUAA